CCAGGUGUGCCGAAUGCUGCCUGGUGCGCAGCCCCUCCCCGGAGGUAGGGCCUCACCUGCGGUGAGCAGGUAGGCGGCUACCUGGUAACCUGAGCUGGCCCGGGAAGCUUGGGCGCACGCAGCCAUCCCCGGGCACAGCAGGGACCGAGGGACUCGGGCAGGGGUGGCCGCCGGCGUGACGGGAGGCUGAGAGAGGGGCCUCCGCCCUCUCACCAUGGUCGAGGGACGCUUCUCCAAGUUCUUGCAGAAACUCACCUUCUCGGGCGCAGGCCACCAGUACGAGCCGCUGGAGAGGGGCGAAUUGGAAACCUUGAUUGAUGGACCAUGUGAGUUGAAAGCCAUUGAGAAAGAAAAGACAGUGGUUGCUCUGCCACCCAAGGAGGCGAGCAAAUGCCACCGAGAGGAUUUGGCCAAAGCAUUUUACGUGGAUUUACAGAACGGGCUAUCGGAGUUCUCCGUCACGCAGCGCAGGCUGGUCCACGGCUGGAAUGAGUUUGUUGCCGAUAACACGGAACCCAUGUGGAAGAAAUACCUCGAUCAGUUUAAGAACCCCCUGAUCCUGCUGCUUCUGGCCUCUGCCUUGGUGAGUGUCCUUACGAAGGAAUACGAGGACGCUGUCAGCAUCGCCUUGGCGGUGCUGAUCGUGGUCACUGUUGCCUUCAUCCAGGAGUAUAGGUCAGAGAAAUCUCUGGAAGAGCUGACCAAGCUGGUUCCUCCAGAAUGUAACUGCAUAAGAGAAGGAAAGCUCCAGCACCUGCUUGCACGAGACCUGGUUCCUGGAGACAUUGUGUCUCUCUCCAUCGGAGACCGGAUCCCCGCGGACAUCCGUCUCACAGAGGUCACAGACCUCCUGGUGGACGAGUCCAGUUUCACAGGAGAAGCUGAGCCAAGCAGUAAGACGGACACCCCGCUGACGGGUGAGGGUGACCUCACCACCCUGAGCAACAUUGUCUUCAUGGGGACCCUGGUGCAGUGUGGAAAGGGGAAGGGCGUCGUGAUUGGAACAGGCGAGAGGUCCCAGUUCGGAGAAGUGUUUAAGAUGAUGCAAGCCGAAGAGACGCCUAAAACUCCUCUACAAAAAAGCAUGGACAGGCUGGGGAAGCAGCUGACACUUUUCUCAUUCGGCAUCAUUGGCCUCAUCAUGUUCACAGGCUGGCUGCAAGGGAAACAGCUCCUUAGCAUGUUCACCAUCGGGGUCAGCCUGGCUGUGGCCGCCAUUCCAGAGGGCCUGCCCAUCGUCGUCACAGUCACGCUGGUCCUGGGAGUGCUGCGGAUGGCCAGGAAGCGGGUCAUUGUGAAGAAGCUGCCAAUCGUGGAGACUUUAGGUUGCUGUAAUGUCAUCUGUUCUGAUAAGACAGGGACUCUGACUGCCAAUGAAAUGACUGUCACCCAGCUCGUCACGUCUGAUGGGCUCCACGCCGAGGUCAGCGGAGUUGGAUAUAACGGCAAAGGAACUGUCUGUCUUUUACCCUCAAAGGAAGUCAUUAAGGAGUUUUCCAACGUCUCAGUGGGCAAAUUAGUGGAGGCAGGCUGUGUUGCCAACAACGCUGUCAUCAGGAAAAACGCUGUCAUGGGCCAGCCCACAGAAGGCGCCUUGAUCGCCCUGGCAAUGAAGAUGGACUUAAGUGAUAUUAAAGAUUCAUACGUGAGAAAAAAAGAGAUUCCAUUCAGUUCCGAGCAGAAGUGGAUGGCAGUACAGUGCAGCCCCAAGAGUGAGGAGCAGGAAGAUAUUUACUUCAUGAAGGGGGCCUUUGAGGAAGUGAUUCAUUACUGUACCAUGUACAACAACGGGGGCAUCCCUCUGCCACUGACGCCUCAACAGAGAUCCUUCUGCCAGCAGGAGGAGAAGAGGAUGGGCUCGCUUGGCCUGCGCGUGCUGGCCCUGGCUUCUGGGCCCGAGCUGGGGAGGCUGACGUUUCUGGGUCUCAUUGGAAUCAUCGACCCCCCGAGGGCUGGUGUGAAGGAAGCAGUACAAGUGCUCUCUGCAUCAGGCAUGUCCGUGAAAAUGAUAACAGGAGAUGCUCUGGAGACAGCCUUGGCGAUAGGAAGGAGCAUCGGUCUGUGCAACGGGAAACUGAACGCCAUGUCCGGGGAGGAGGUGGAGAGUGCGGAGCAGGGCGAGCUGGAUGAGCGCGUCAGGAAGGUGUCUGUCUUCUUCAGGACCAGCCCAAAGCACAAACUCAAAAUCAUAAAGGCUUUGCAGGAGUCGGGGGCGAUCGUGGCCAUGACAGGGGAUGGAGUAAACGAUGCUGUCGCUCUGAAGUCGGCAGACAUCGGGAUCUCCAUGGGGCAGAUGGGGACGGACGUCAGCAAGGAGGCCGCCAGCAUGAUCCUGGUGGAUGAUGACUUCUCAGCCAUCAUGAAUGCAGUGGAGGAAGGCAAGGGGAUUUUUCAUAACAUCAAGAACUUCGUCCGAUUUCAGCUGAGCACAAGCAUCUCAGCCUUGAGCCUCAUCACUCUGUCUACUGUGUGCAACCUCCCCAGCCCUCUCAAUGCCAUGCAGAUCCUCUGGAUCAACAUCAUCAUGGACGGGCCGCCGGCACAGAGGUGCUCAGGAAGUGACUGGGUGAACAGAAGAGUGAGGCUGGCUGAAUGCUGCAGCUUGGGGGUAGAGCCGGUCGACAGGGACACCCUCCGGCAGCCACCACGCAACAUCAAGGACACAAUUCUCAGCAGAGCCCUUGUCCUGAGAAUCCUCCUGUCAGCCACCACCAUCAUCAGUGGGACCCUCUUUAUCUUUUGGAAGGAGAUCCCGGAGGACAAGGCGAGCACCCCGCGCACCACGACCAUGACCUUUACCUGUUUUGUGUUCUUCGACCUCUUCAACGCCUUGACCUGCCGCUCCCAGACCAAGCUGAUAUUUGAGAUUGGUUUCCUCAGGAACCGCACGUUCCUCUACUCCGUGCUCGGGUCCAUUCUGGGGCAGAUGGCCGUGAUUUACGUGCCACCCCUGCAGAAGGUCUUCCAGACAGAGAACCUGGGAGCGCUCGAUCUAUUGCUUUUAACUGGAUUGGCCUCGUCUGUGUUCAUUUUGUCAGAGCUCCUCAAACUAUGUGAAAAAUUCUGCUCCAGAGCCAAGAAAGCCCAGAUUCACCAGGAAGAUGUAUAGUGGCCCCUGACCUGUAUAAUAUCUCCUAAAUCUAUUUUUUUUUUUUGUAACUGUGGCCCUCCCCUCACCCUGCCUCUUCCAAGGGGUAUUUUUAGGACAUCAUGACAUCAGGUCCUUACCUGGUUGUU